AACGACCACUAGGCGAUGGUGCUGUUCAAAAACAUACCAGCAUGCAGAUGCAGAUGCAGGGGAGCAAGCAGAGCAGAAGCUCCCGAAGCGGGCGGGCCGGGGCCGGCCGCGGGGUGCCACCGCAUUUACCAGCCACAUGCACGCAUUCAUUGCCGCCCCGAUUUAACACCCCCGACCCCGACCCCGACCCCGACCCCUUGUAAUGCCAUCGCCGGGUACUGCGACCACUACUACCCUACCACACCACGAGCGCAGCCGCAGGGCGCAGCAGUCGCCUCCGCCCUCCGGAGAGGAUCGGAGAGGGAGAGGGGCAUGGAGAUGAGCAGGGGGUGGCAGGAGCUCGGCGUCGUCGACACCAUCUACGAGGACGACCACGAGGAGGACGACGAGGAACAAGAGGAGGAGCGGUUCGACUCGCCCACCAUGUCGUCCUCGGCGGCCACCUCGCGCUCCUUCUCCCCGGAGGCGGAGGACGCGGCGGCGCACCCGUCCCUGCCGCCGCCGCUCAGGCGCGCCGUGCAGGCCUGGUGCCGGGAGAACGGAUCGCGCAAGCCCGACGUGAUCGUCCGCGUCCAGGAGCAUCGCCUCCCUCUCCACAGGGACGUGAUCACGUCGCGGAGCAGCUACCUGAGGCGUCUGCUGUCGGAGUCCGGCGACGUCGCGAUCGCGCUGCCGGCGGGCCUCACGUUCGACGCGUUCGCGCAGGCCAUCGCGACCUGCUACGGCUCCGGCGAAGCGACGGCGGCGCUGUCCCCGGCGAGCCUCGCGGCGGCGUGGGCGGCGGCGGGCUGGCUGGAGCUGGAGCCGGGCGCGGGGCCGAGGGGGGACCCCUACGGCUUGGCCCACGCCACGGAGGACUACUUCUUCCAGGAAGUGGCCACCGACCACGGCCGCGCCGCGGGCGUGCUGCGGUGCUGCGCGGCGUUCCUGGGCGGCGAGGCCGCCGGGCCCGCCGCGGACCUGCUCGUCCGGUGCCUCGAGGUGCUCGCGGCGUCCGACAGCGGGAGCGGGAGGUGGCUCGACGACGUGGCCGCGCUCCCCGUGGAGGAGUUCCUGGUGGCCGUGGAGGCCAUGCGCGCGCGGUUCGCGCACGACCACGACCUCAUGUACACCGUCGUCGACCACUACCUGGAGAACCACAAGGGGAAGCUUACGGAGGAGGACAAAUCCCGGUUGUGCUACAACGUCAACUGCACCAAGCUGUCGCAGCACCUCUUCAUGCACCUGGUCCAAAACCCGCGCCUCCCGCUCCGGUUCGUCGUGCAGGCCAUGCUCGUGGAGCAGCUCCACUCCCACCACACCAUGCUCCUCAGCCAUCACCACCAGCAGGCCGCUGCACCAGCACCGACGCGAUCGGCAGCGCCGCUCCUCAAGCCGUCCCUCUCGGGCGUCUUCAGGGGCGGCGUCGCGGUCACGGGGGAGGACGCCAGCAUGUCGCUCGGCGACAUCCUCCAGCGCGACGCCGCGCUGCGCCAGUCCGCGCACAUCCGCGCGUCCAUGCAGGCCACCAGCCUUCGCAUCGAGACCCUCGAGCGCGAGCUGGCGGGCCUCCGUACCCGCUUGCGCCGCUCCGAGCAGCAGCAGGCCGAGGCCGAGGCCGCGGCCGCGGCCGCGACUGGCGCCUCCUCGAUCGACCGCGCGCCCGGCAAGUCCGCCAGCUUCCGGAUACCGCGAAGCCGGCUCUGGGACGGCGAGGAGCUCGUGCCAGUUGGCCCCAGGCGCGCCGCCGCCAGGGACAGCAAUGCGAGGGGCUUCAAGUCACGGUUGGUGCACGGAUUCAAGAACCUGUUCGGCAGGAGGCAAGGGGCCGCCGGCGGCUCGCCGUCCGCCUGCGGCGAGGACGCCAGUACUCGCUGCUUCGGUGAAAAAGGCGCUGCCGCCGCUGCGCCGGAGCUGGAGAGCGACGACGACGAGGUGGUGUGCAUGGAGGAGAGGUGGCGUCCUCACCGGAGAAAUCACUCUCUUGUGUGAUCAGCGCGUCCAUCGCUGGCAAACGAUGUUGCAACAUGCAAGCAGGGAUAGAGGGAGUCGUAGAGAUCCUUGGUAUAUGGCGACAACUGACACCACUAUUUUCACACUGCCAUAUAUGCCAUCGACGAUGAUUGUUAACUAGCCUUGUGUUUUUUUAACAUGUCGCUGCUUAGAGAGAAUGAGAGGGCUAGUUGCUUGGAGUAGUUAAUUACUAUGGCUUUACUCACCAUGCAUGCAAUGUCUUUAUUGGCCAUAUAUCCAAGUAUAUGUGUUAACGCGCUUUGACCAGGUGAAGGAUCACUAUUUCUAGAUGCACAUAA